AUGCUGCCCCAGUUCACAGCAGCAGCAGCAGCAGCAGCUGCUGCUGCACAGCCACCUUCACCGCAACACCGACAUCAGCAGCAGCAGCCGCAGCAGCAGCAGCAGCAGCAGCAGCAGCAGCAGCAGCAACAUGUAACACCCCGUUCUGCUCUGAUGUUUCAGCUGGCUUCCUUUCUCUAUGAGGAGGCCCAUCAGCUGCAGCAGCAAGAACAACAGCAGCAGCAGCAACAGCAGCAGCAGCAGCAGCAGCAGCAGCAGCAGCAGCAGAGACUGUUGAAAGCAGCACGCGAACUCAGGCGCCGCAUGCAAGCACAGGGGGGCCCCCCUUUGACCAUAUUUGGGGGCCCCCUGGGUCUCCAGGGGCCCCCUGCUGCCUUUCCUGCUGAUGCUUUAGUGCAUACCUACAACAGCAGCAGCAGCAGCAGCAGCAGCAGCAGCAGCAGCAGGGGCUGGAGAAUAUCGCAGGAGGAUUGGACGCCAGUGCAGCACUUCGUGCUGCAGCUGCUGCUGCUGCUGCAGCAGCAAACAGCAUGGGGUGUAUCCUUCCCCCCCACGCUGCAGCAGCUGCAGCAGCAAUGCAUGCGCACCCCGAGGGCCCCCCGUUCUUUCCUGCUGCAGCAGCUGCAGCAGAAGAGGCCGCUGCUGCUGCAGCUAGAGGAGGCUGCUGCUGCAGCAGAAACAACAGCAAACACAAACAGCACCAGCAGCAGCAGCAGCAGCAGCAGCAGCAAGUGCAUGCAAGCUGCGGGCGGAGUUCGUUGCUGCUGCAGCAGCAGCAGCAACACACACAGCCACAUCCACAACCACAGUAUGAGCAGCAGCAGCAGCAGCAGCAGCAGUAUGCUGCUGCCUGAAGGGGAGGAGGGGGGUGUUUCAUGGGUGGGGUUGUGUGCUGCAGCAGCAGGCAGCAGCAGCAGCAGCAGCAGCAGGAUGUCUGCUGUUGGCUGCCCCCGCAACCUGCUGCUGGCGUUGCGGGAUAAGCGCCGCAAGACGGAGUGGUUCGUGCUGCAGCUGCUGCUGCUGCUGCAGCAGCAAACAGCAUGGGGUGUAUCCUUCCCCCCCUCACUGCAGCAGCUGCAGCAGCAAUGCAUGCGCACCCCGAGGGCCCCCCGUUCUUUCCUGCUGCAGCAGCUGCAGCAGAAGAGGCCGCUGCUGCUGCAGCUGGAGGAGGCUGCUGCUGCAGCAGAAACAACAGCAAACACAAACAGCAGCAGCAGCAGCAGCAGCAGCAGCAGCAGCAGCAAGUGCAUGCAGGCUGCUGGCGGAGUUCGUUGCUGCUGCAGCAGCAGCAGCAACACACACUGCCACAUCCACAACCACAGUAUGAGCAGCAGCAGCAACAGCAGCAGCAGCAGCAGCAGCAGUAUGCUGCUGCCUGAAGGGGAAGAGGGGGGUGUUUCAUGGGUGGGGUUGUGUGCUGCAGCAGCAGGCAGCAGCAGCAGCAGCAGCAGCAGAAUGUCUGCUGUUGGCUGCCCCCGCAACCUGCUGCUGGCGUUGCGGGAUAAGCGCCGCAAGACGGAGUGUAUGUACAGCUGCGGGGGGGGAGCAGCAGCAGCAGCAGCAGCAGCAGCAGCAGCACGAGCAACCAGCUGGGGUUUAGAUGCAGCAUGCAUGAGCCCAUCAGCAGCAGCAGCAGCAGCAGCAGCAGCAGCAACAGCAACAGCAGCAGCAUCCGGUGUAUCUAUAGAGUCAUCUAUACUAGCAUCCCCCUCUUCACCCCCAUCCCCCUCAUCAGCAGCAGCAGCAGCAGCAGCAGCAGCAACAGCAGCAGCAGCAGCAGCAGCAACAUCAUCAGCAGCAGCAGCAACAGCAGCAGCAGCAGCAGCUUUUCCUGCUUCUCUUUGGCUUAGUGCUGCUGUGAAUUUUGUAAGACAAAUAAAUGUGUGGGGUCACCAGGAGAGAGAAGAAACGGAGACAGCAGCACGAGAUACAGCAGCAGCAGCAGCAGCAGCAGCAGCAGCAGAUACUGCAGCAGCAGAUGCAGCAGCAAGAGACACAGCCCUUGCUGCUGCACCCCACACACAGCAUAUACUCGCGGACCCCUCUCCUGUCUACCUUAUACGAUUCAUACAUACUGGUAAGGUUCGUCUGUGGCGGUUGCUGCCUACGUGGUGGAUGAGUGUGGGGUGUAUAGACACCGGGAGCCGCGUUACUCUUGUAAGGUUUCUUUCUGCUGCUUCUCCUGCUGCUUCUCCUGCUGCUGCUGCUGCUGCUGCAGCAGCAGCAGCAGCAGGAGGAGGGGCAGGAGGACGUGCGCGGGAAGCAAUAGCAGCAAGAACAGCAGCAAGAGCAGCAGCAGCAGCAAGAGCAGCAGCAGCAGCAGCAGCACAUGAUCCGUCAAUGGCAGCAUCUGCAGCAGCAGCAGCAGCAUCAGCUGCAGCAGCAGCAGCAGCAGCAGAAGCAAGUGAAAGAGAAGAUGCUGAAGCAGCAGCAGCAGCAGCAGAGCUGCUGCUUGUCUGCUGCGAUAGAGAUCUUCGUAUAUAUUCACUGCAGCAGAUACUAGCAGCAGCAGCAGCAAACCCUGGCGGCCUGCUGCUGCUGCAGCCGCUGCAGCUGUACCCGUGGGGCCCUGCUUUCUUCCCGCAUGCAAUCGAUAUAACAAAGGCCCCGUCUGGCUCUUGCUGCGAAAGUUUAGUUGCGUUGGGGUUAGAUGAGGAUUCAUCAGCAGCAGAGUCAGAGGAGGAGGAGACAGUGGGGAUCGAUCCCAACACACCCCACAACCCCACACUUUUUACACAUAUACAGCAGCAGCAGCAGCAGCAGCAGCAGCAGCAGCAGCAGCAGCAGCAACAUCACCACCACAAAAAAAAAUAUAAAAAAAAAAGUAAAACACUUCUCUUCUCUAUACCAUCAGCAGCAGAAGUAGAAAAACUCAAAGCUGCCUGUACACCCCAACUCUUACCUGUAUUCGCAGACCUAUCAGCUUACCACGACGCUUUUCCUGACGUUUGUUUUGCGAAUGGAUCUGCUGAUUUGGUUACUGCUGCUGACGAUGGCGUGCUGCUGCUGUGGAGACUAUCUGCUGCUGUUGCUGCUGCUGAAGCAGCAGCAGCAGCAGCAGAAGCUGAGGCAGCAGAAGCAGCAGCAGACAGCGCAGCAGCAGCAGCAGCAGCAGCAGCUGCUGCUGCUGCUGGUUCUGCUUCGGGAGCGUCUCCCUUCGGGGUUUUAUACAAAAACAAAUCUAAGAAGAACCAGCUGCAGCAGCAGCAGCUGCAGCAGCAGCAGCAACAGCAGCAGCAGCAGCAGCAGCAGCAGCAGCAGCAGCAGAAGGAGACACAGAGCACAGCCACCCCCACUGCAGCAGCAACAACAACAGCAACAGCAGCAGCAGCUGUUGCUGCUCCUGCUGCUGCUGCUGUGACUCAGCAGCAGGCUGCUGCAGCACUGAUACAUCAUCAUCAGCAGCAGCAGCAGCAGCAGCAUCAGGCCCAUCCCCCGCCCCGCUCUCCUCUUCCUCUUCCUCCUCCUCCUCAGCAGCAGCAGCAGCAGCAGCAGCAGCAGCAGCAGCAGGAUGCAGCAGCACAGCAGCACUAG